AUGGCGUCACUGCCGCCACUGCUCUGCCUUUGCGUUGCUGCCGCGCACCUGGCGGGGGCCCGAGAUUCUUUCUCCACUGAGGGGCCCACGGGGACUGCAUGGGGGCUCCAUGGACGGUCCCUACCUCCUGGUCAACCCUCACCAAGCCUGGAAGACUGGGAAGAGGCCAGCGAGUGGACAUCCUGGUUUAACGUGGACCACCCGGGCGGCGACGGCGACUUCGAGAGCCUGGCCGCUAUCCGCUUCUAUUACGGACCUGCGCGUGUGUGCCCGCAGCCACUGGCACUGGAGGCCCGCACCACAGACUGGGCCCUGCCGGCCACCGUCGGAGAGCGGGUGCACUCGAACCCAACGCGCGGGUUUUGGUGCCUCAACCGUGAACAACCGCGCGGCCGCCGCUGCUCCAACUAUCACGUGCGCUUCCGCUGCCCCCUCGAGGCUGCGUGGGGCGCAUGGGGCCCAUGGGGCCCAUGCUCCGGGAGCUGUGGGCCUGGUCGUCGUUUGCGUCGCCGCACCUGCGCAGCCGAGGACACGUGUCCGGGACGUCCUCAGGAGGUGCAGAAAUGCGUGCUGCCUCGGUGCCCAGGGUGCAAACCCGGCACCUGUGAGUGUCCCGAUCACGUCCUUGUGGGUGCAGUGGUCACCCCAUCUGGACGACCACUACCAGGAGCCAAGGUCUUCCUGCGAGGCCAGCCACGUAUUGUGGCCACCAGUGAUGCCCAUGGAACCUUCCGGGUGCCCGGUGUGUGUGCUGGCAGCAAGGUCAAUGUCAGUGCCCAGGUAGACGGCUUCUCCAUAGGUGCAGCCCAGCCUCAGGCCAACAGUACCAUCUCAGCUGUGGUCACUGUUGUCCUGGAGAAGUUGGAGAAGCCUUACCUGAUGAAGCACCCUGAGUCCAGAGUGCGAGAGGCAGGCCAGAAUGUGACCUUCUGCUGCAAAGCUGCCGGCACCCCGACACCCAAGAAAUACUCCUGGUUCCACAAUGGGACGCUGCUGGACAGGAGAGAGUUUGGGUAUGGGACCCAACUGGAGCUUCGGGGACUGCGCCCAGACCAGGCGGGCACCUACCACUGCAAGGCCUGGAAUGACGCAGGUGCCAUCCGUUCCGCUACCGCCUCACUCACUGUGCUGGCCCCAGGCCAGCCAGCCUGUGACCCAAAACCCUUAGAGCACCUAGUCAAGCUCCCAGACGAUUGUGGUCAGCUGGACGGCAGCCCUGCCUACCUGAAUGUGGGCCGCUGCCCCGACGUGCGCUGCCCUGGCCCUGUGGCCUCCGGUCCCCGGUGUGCGGACUCCAGCUCCCGCUGCUGUUCCGUGUGGCGCCUCAAGAGUCAAAGUGUCCGCUGCUCUGGUUACGUCCUCCCGGUUAAGGUGGUGGCUGAAUGCAGCUGCCAGAAGUGCCAGCCCCGACGGGGCCUGGUCCGGGGUCGCGUGGUGGCUGCUGACUCAGGAGAGCCCCUGCAUUUUGCCCAGAUCCUACUGGGCCAAGAUCCUAUUGGCUUCACCUCUUACCAGGGUGACUUCACCAUUGAAGUGCCGCCGUCUGCUGAGCGCCUGGUGCUGACCUUCCUGGAUCCCAGCGGGGAGUUCAUGGACACCGUCAGAGUUCUACCCUUUGACCCUCGGGGUACUGGUGUGUACCAUGAGAUCAAGGCCAUGAGGAAGCAGGUUCCUGUCAUCUUGGAUGCCACUCAAAGCAACAAGAUACCACUCGGCGAGCUCCGGGAUGAGGUCCCCAUGGGCGAGCUUGUUCUGCCUCCAGGGACCUUCCGCCUCACCGAUGGCCAACCCUACGUGGGUCCUGUGGAGGCCCGGGUGACCUUUGUGGACCCUCGAGACCUGGCCACUGCAUCUGCCGCCCCCAGUGACCUGCGCUUCCUGGACCGAGAUGGCGAGCUGGCGCCCCUGCGCACAUACGGCAUGUUCUCCGUGGACCUCCGAGCUGCGGGCUCCGGGGAGCAGCUGUACGCAGGGCCCGUGACUGUGCGUGUAGCUGCUGAGCAGAUCCGCAUGGCCGGCCACGCAGAGGCGCUCAGGCUGUGGUCACUGGACCCUAGCACUGGCCUGUGGGAGGAGGAGAGCAGCUUCCGGCGUGAGGUGCCCACAGGGCCCAGGGUGCGUCGGGAGGAGCGGGUCUUCCUGGUGGGUAAUGUGGAGAUUCGUGAGCGACGCCUAUUCAACCUAGACGUGCCUGAGCGGCGCCGCUGCUUUGUCAAGGUGCGAGUCUAUGGUAAUGACAAGUUCACGCCCAGCGAGCAGGUGGAGGGCGCUGUGGUCACACUGGUCAACCUGGAACCAGCACCUGGUUUCUCAGCCAACCCGCGUGCCUGGGGUCGCUUCGACAGCGCUGUCACUGGUCCCAAUGGCGCCUGUCUCCCUGCCUUCUGUGAUGAGGUCCGGCCUGAUGCCUACACUGCCCUGGUCACAGCCACCCUGGGGGGCGAGGAGCUGGAGCCAGCACCCUCCCGGCCCCGUCCACUCCCAGACUCCGUGGGCGUCACCCAGCCCUACCUGGACAGGCUAGGCUACCGGCGCACUGACCACGAGGACCCUGCCUUCAAGCGAAAUGGCUUCCGCAUCAACAUGGCCAAGCCCAGGCCUGGUGACCCCACUGAGGCCAAAGGACCUGUGUACCCGUGGCGCAGCCUGCGGGAAUGCCAGGAGGCCCCCGUGACUGCUAAUCACUUCCGCUUUGCCCGCGUGGAGGCCGACAGGUACGAGUACAAUGUGGUCCCCUUCCGGGAAGGUGCCCCUGCCUCCUGGACCAGUGACUUCCUGGCCUGGUGGCCCAACCCGCAGGAGUUCCGGGCCUGCUUCCUCAAGGUGCGUAUCCAGGGCCCCCAGGAGUACAUGGUGCGCGCGCACAGUGCAGGGGGCAGCCACCCCCGCACCCAGGGCCAGCUCUACGGGCUGCGGGAUGCCCGCAGCGUCCGCGACCCCCAGCUGUCUGACACAUCUGCCGCCUGCGUGGAGUUCAAGUGCAGCGGGAUGCUGUUCGACCAGCAGCAGGCAGACAGGACGCUGGUGACCAUCAUGCCACAAGGCAGCUGCCGCCGCACGGCCAUCAACACGCUACUUCGGGACUACCUGGCCAGGCACCCCCCAUCUGCUCCGGCCGAUGACCCUGCCGCGUUUGCCAUGCUGGCCCCGCAAGACCCCCUGGGUCACAACUAUGGUGUCUACACAGUCACUGACCAGAGCCCGAGACUGGCUAAGGAGAUUGCCAUUGGCCGCUGCUUUGAUGGCUCCUCCGACGGCUUCUCACGAGAGAUGAAGGCUGAUGCGGGAACUGCCGUCACCUUCCAGUGCCAGGAACCCCCAGCCGACCGGCCCAGCCUCUUCCAGCGGCUGCUGGAGUCACCGGCAGCGGCCCUGGGUGACAUCCGUCGGGAGAUGAGUGAGGUGUCCCAAGCCCAGGCUCGUGCUGCUGCGUCCCUCCGAACCCGCCGGGGCAGGGCCUAG